AUGGAGGAAGACCUCUGGGACUGGCGUGACUUUACCGGCAUUCCCCCUCCACCGCUGGGCUUUGACGAGGGCCGGGACGACAUGUACUCGCGUGCUCACCUCGUCAUGCCUCUCAGGGAUUUCAUCGAGCUGCCGUUGGCGUAUGAUGUGGUUCACAAUGGAGCAACUUUCCAGCUAGCGGGCAUCACGAACAACAGUGUGCUGCCAGAAGCGAAGAGGCUGAGGCAGUGCGUGCUGCAGCACCCCGACCUGGGAGGGGAGAUGCUCAAGCUCGCCAAGGCACGCGUGGACGCAUUGAUUCAUCUGGGCUUCACGGACCGCAUGGAGGAGUCAAUCGAGCUGCUGCUCGCUGUGCUCGACCGCUCCCUCUCCUCCCAGGCCUUCACCCUCCCUGGCAAGAACCCCAGGGGGCGGUGCAAGAGGCCCAAGAAGAAGGCCAAGGAGAACGAGAGGCCGUGGAAGAGCAUCCGGGAGCAGUACGCGGAGUGCCUCAAGGACCAGAUGGAGCUUACUCAGCUGAAUGAACUCAUUGCCUUCCGCCACAUGGGGCCGCUCAAGUUCUCAAGACAGGAGCGGGCGCGCAUACCAGAGGACGUGAUGAGGCGCAUCAAGGAGCUGAAUGCUCUUGACCUGGAGCUCACUGAAUAUGCGCGAGACAAGUACACUCAGAUGCUGGACAAGUACCGACCCAUGAUGGAAGCAGUGGGAAACCCAUCCUCCGACCGCUGCUAA